UUCAUUGUUAUUUUCAUCUCCAUUUCAAACUCUCCUUCAACUUGCCGGCGUUAUUUAUUAUUCGGUUGCCUGAAACAUAUUCAGAUCACUAACUGUAAAAUUAACUUCCCUAAUUUUCUCUCUCUUCCCCUCUCCCGCUCUCGUCUGCUUCUCUCUCUUUCUCGCACACAAACACACGCACUUGUUCAUCACGCCAGCAAUCAAUUGCAGAUGCGCCUGUGUUAAUUGGCGAAGUGGUGAAUUCUGAAGAUUCUGGCACGGGCGUCACUACUAGCAGAUCGCUGCUGUUGGAGGCGAUCGAUGAUCAGUUGGUGCUGGUUUGGCAGGAAUUGCGGCCAAUUUUGUGUUUAUUUGGUGUAAUUAUCUUUUGUUAGGUGCAACUGUUCAACACUUGAGAAGUUGAUUCCGUGAGAUAGAGGAGUUGCAUAGGCUUGAUUAACUUUCCAGAAGUGAGGAUUAGCUCGGAGUUUCCAGAACUGUUUUGAAUUUGCUGCUGGAACUUUGAAGUGCAGAAGAAGACAUACGUCCAGAGAUGUCAAACUCGAAGGUGGUUUAUGAAGGAUGGAUGGUGAGAUAUGGGCGCCGGAAGAUCGGAAGAUCAUUUAUUCACAUGCGAUAUUUUGUGCUUGAGUCUAGGUUGUUGGCAUAUUACAAGAAGAAGCCCCAAGACAAUGUGGUGCCGACCAAGACGCUUCUUAUAGAUGGAAACUGUAGGGUGGAGGACCGAGGACUGAAGAACAAUCAUGGUCAUAUGGUGUACGUUCUGUCUGUAUACAACAAGAAAGAGAAAUAUAAUCGAAUCACAAUGGCAGCUUUCAACAUUCAGGAGGCACUCAUUUGGAAAGAGAAAAUUGAAUCUGUUAUCGAUCAGCAUCAAGAAUCUCAAGCUACUAAUGGUAACAAAUACGUUUCUUUUGAAUAUAAAUCUGGUGUGGAUAAUGGGAGGAAUGCUUCAUCAUCAGAACAUGAUAGCCAGUUUAGUGCUGCAGAAGAAGAAGAUGAUUCUCAUCGAAGUUUGUUACGUAGAACAACAAUAGGAAAUGGCCCACCUGAGUCCGUUUAUGACUGGACAAAGGAAUUUGAUUCUGAUUUGGCUAAUCAAAAUUCAAACAACCAGGCAUUUUCUAGAAAGUAUUGGCGCCUUCUACAGUGCCAAAAUGGUCUUCGGAUAUUUGAGGAGCUUGAUGAAGUAGAUAUUCUUCCAAAGAGCUGCAGUAGAGCAAUGAAAGCUGUUGGGGUGGUGGAAGCAACCUGUGAAGAAAUAUUUGAACUAAUCAUGGGCAUGGAUACAACACGAUGCGAGUGGGAUUGCAGUUUCCAGUAUGGUAGCUUAGUGGAAGAAGUAGAUGGACAUACAGCUUUACUUUACCACAGACUUCAGUUAGAUUGGUUUCCGACGUUUGUAUGGCCUCGUGACCUCUGCUAUGUGCGCUAUUGGCGUCGGAAUGAUGAUGGGAGUUAUGUUGUGCUAUUCCGUUCUAGGGAGCAUGAGAAUUGUGGCCCUCAACCUGGAUUUGUGCGAGCUCAUAUUGAAAGUGGAGGAUACAAUAUUUCACCUCUGAAACCUCGUAAUGGGAGGCCCAGAACACAGGUCCAACAUCUUAUGCAAAUUGAUCUAAAAGGCUGGGGAGUGGGUUAUGUAUCAUCAUUUCAGCAGCAUUGUCUCCUUCAAAUGUUAAAUAGUGUUGCUGGAUUGCGAGAAUAUUACUCUCAAACUGAUGAAAGACCAGUGGCUCCUCGGAUUCCUGUUAUGGUUAAUAUGACAUCAGUAUCCAGCUCUUCAAAGAGGAGUAAGAAGCUCCAGUCAUCUUCUGCGCACCAUCGCAGUCCUUCACUUGAUCAAAUACAUGCAGCAAAUAGAAAUGCUGUUUUAAUGGAUGAAUACUCUGAUGAAGAUGAAGAUCUCCAGGCAGAUCAAGAGGCUUUGUCGUCUGCCUUUGAGGUUGAAGACAAGAGAACUGGCCAUGAGGAAGAAUCUACAGACCAAAUAGAUUUGUCCAUAUUCUCUGGUAACCUUCGACGUGAUGAUCACGAUAAGGCUCGCAACUGUUGGACAUUGUCUAAUGGAAACAACUUCAGAGUUCGGAGCAAGCACUUCUGUUAUGACAAAUCAAAAAUUCCUGCAGGCAAACAUCUUAUGGAUCUAGUUGCUGUAGAUUGGUUUAAAGAUACAAAAAGAAUGGACCAUGUAGCUCGACGCCUGGGUUGUGCAGCUCAGGUUGCUUCAGAUAAAGGACUUUUCUCUAUCGUGUUUAAUCUUCAAGUACCUGGAUCGACACACUACAGCAUGGUAUUUUAUUUUGUGUCCAAGGAACUAGUACCAGGAUCUCUUUUGCAGAGGUUUGUCGAUGGAGAUGAUGAGUUCCGUAAUAGCAGGCUGAAGCUUAUUCCAUCAGUACCUAAGGGUUCUUGGAUUGUACGCCAGAGUGUUGGCAGCACCCCUUGUAUAUUGGGGAAAGCAGUUGAUUGCAACUAUAUACGUGGUCAAACGUAUUUGGAAGUUGAUAUUGAUAUCGGUUCCUCCACUGUGGCAAAUGGAGUCCUGGGCCUUGUGAUUGGUGUUAUUACGACACUUGUGGUCGACAUGGCUUUUCUUGUACAGGCAAACAGUACAGAUGAGUUGCCGGAGCGGUUGAUCGGUGCUGUGAGAGUGUCUCAUAUAGAAUUAUCAUCAGCUAUUGUGCCGGUGCUGGAGACGGAUUCUUCAGAUUCACAGAAAACGUAAUGGAUUAUAUGAUGUAUAAAUGAUAUUGUUAUUCAAGUACAUAUAUUACUAAAUUCAUUUAAUAUGAAAUUAUUUUUCCUGACAA